AUGCAUACUCCAUCUACUAGACCUUCUCCAACUGAUCCUAUAGGUGUUUCCUGCAUUGUGCCAAUGUGUUCACAUAUUGAUUCAACAGAACAUGAUUUAGAUGUAAUAGUAACGGAACAAGGAUUAGCUGAUGUAAGAGGAUUGGCUCCCACAGAAAGAGCCAAAUUAAUUAUUGAUAAAUGUGCUCAUCCAGAUUAUAGACCAAUUCUUAAAGAUUAUUUUGAUUUCUCUUUAAAGAAAUGUUUAGAAAGAGGAGCUGCUCAUGAACCUCAUAUGUUAGAUAAAGUAUUUAAAAUGCAUUUAGGUUUAUUGGGUGAUGAAAAAACUAUGAAAAUUAAGAAUUGGAAUUAG